AUGGCGGAGCCGGGUGCGGACGGCGGCGGCGGGGGGUUCCUGAGCAGCGGGAGCGAGCGGCGGUGCCGGGCGCGGCUGGCGGCGGCGGGGGGGGCGCGGGGGGCGGCGGCGGCGGCGGUGCUGGUGCCGCUGUGCUCGGUGCGGGGCCGCCCCGCGCUGCUCUUCACGCUCCGCUCCCGCCGCCUGGGCGGGCCCCACAGCGGCGACGUCAGCUUCCCCGGGGGGCGGCGGGACCCGGCGGACGGCGACGCGGUGGCCACGGCGCUGCGGGAGACGCGGGAGGAGCUGGGGCUGGCGCUCGGAGCCCCGAGAGUCUGGGGGCAGCUGCGGCUCCUGCCCGACCGGCAGGGACAGAUGGUGGCUCCCAUCGUGGCCAACCUGGGGCCCCUGGAGGACUUGACGCUGACCCCCAACCCCGAUGAGGUGGAAGAGGUCUUCACCCUGCCCCUGGCUCACCUCCUGCGGGAGGAGAACCAGGGCUACACCCACUUCCGCACCGCCGGCCGCUACGGCUACACCCUGCCAGUCUUCCUCAACGGUCCCCACAGGGUCUGGGGGCUGACAGCCAUCAUCACCGAGCUGACCCUGGAGCUGCUGGCGCCUGACCGCUACCGCAGGAAGACCCACGUGCUGGGUCGCGGCCCCUCGGCUCGGCCCCCCGAGGGGAGCUCGGCCUGACACGGGUGGGGACGGGGUGGCCCCCGCCUGCGCCAGGUGCCAGCGUGCUGUUUUUAGGGGAGGGGGGGGACAUACAGGCAGAGCUGUCCCUGUUUGUGCGGCUGUUGUUGCCCACCGGGCGCCUGUAGGCAGGCCGCACCGCACACGCGGGGAAGGGUGGUGGUGGCCCCACCCCGGUGCCGCUGCUGAUGUCACACGCACUGUGAGUUAAGGGGAAAAAAACAAAGCCAUGUUUUGAACCA